GAUCAUAAAUCCUUUUGUUACAGUUGAACUGAACUGAGUUACCUUGUUUUUCUGUUCAGUUUGUUAAUCAAUUUACUUUGCCCUAAUUCAACACAAGUCAAUAACACUGUCCGAACUCCCUCCUCAGAUUCCCCAAAUCUUACAUAGAUUUCUGCUAAAUUCACUCCUUCCAGAUCCAACAACUUCCGACACAUAGAACGCAAAACCCUCAAUUUUUUCUUCUUCAAACUCAAUGGCGUCUUCACAAAAAGGCAAGUUUUUUAUACUCUUUUUGCUGUUCUUUUUCUCUUCUCUGCAUGUUUCUGGUGCCCCAACAGACCCUGAAUCAUGUUCAGUACAAUCCAAGCUGGAUCAAGGUUCGUGCAAGGAAGCUGUUUCUGAACCAGAAACAACAAAUCAUUUGAAUCAACAAGUUUUGUUGAAUAAACUGGAAGAGUUAGUGAGAAAUCUUAGUGAUAUUGUUGCAAGGUUAGAAUCAAAGCUACCGGACCCUCCAAAGGUGACUCAGGAAAAGGGUGGGUUUACUCAAAUAAAGGGUGAUGAUGAUGAUAGAAGAUCAACUAAUAAAGGAGUUGAAGAUGGGAAAUUUGAGGGGAAAAUUCGAGAUGGGGAGAGAGCUAAGGGAAUGUCUGUAACAAAGUUCACUCCUUUUUGGUCAGAGAGUUUUCAGUUUGCAUCUGCUGUUAAGUUGGAUUCUGAUGCCACUUGUAUAAAUGUUUUGCCUUUUAGGGACCACGAGGGGCUAAGUAAGUAUGUAGCAGUUAGUGAUGAGAGGGGAAGAGUGUAUGUGUUCUUGAGGAAUGGAGAUGUUUUGGUUGAGUAUGAUACCUCAUUGGGGUCACCCAUUAGGGCAAUGGUUUCAUAUACUUCGGCUUACAAGAAUGAGAGUUUUGUUGUAACUGGUCAUGAAAAUGGGGAAAUCUUGAUACAUAGAGUUUGGGAGGGAUCGAGUGGAGAAGAUUGGAGUUCUCUUUUCAUGGAAAAUAUUGGUAAGUUUGUGUCACCCGAGGAAGGGUUGCCGGUUACUGUGUUAGAAGUUCAUUUUGUAGGUAGGAUGAAGUACAUUCUGUCAGCUGAUACUAGUGGGAAGAUCAAGGUUUUUAGGGAAAAUGGUUCAUUGUAUGGUUCUGCCAUGCCAACUAGUAGACCACUAGUUUUCUUGAAGCAAAGGCUUAUGUUUUUGACAGAAACUGGUGCAGGCUCAUUGGAUUUGAGGGGGAUGAAAAUCAGAGAAUCUGAAUGUGAAGGGUUAAACCAUUCUGUUGCUCGAACUUAUGUUUUUGAUGCCACGGAGCGUUCCAAGGCAUACGGGUUUACCUCGGAGGGGGAUCUGAUAUAUGUUUUGUUGAUAGGAGAUGUAAUGAACUUCAAAUGCAGGGUUAGAUACAAGAAAAAGUUUGAUAUGGAUGAGCCUGUGGCUUUGCAGGCAAUUAAGGGGUACUUGUUGAUGGCUAACCCUGAAAAGGUUUUUGUGUAUAAUGUUUCAUCUCCGCAUUAUGUGAGGGUUGGUGUGCCUCGGCCUGUUUUCUCCUCAAGUCUUGAUGAGCUAAGAUCAUCAUUCUUGAAUUAUCCAACCCUGAGUUCAGAUGCAGAAACAAGAGCUGUAAUACCCUUGAUAGCUAGUGACCGCGAAAAGCUUGUUAUUGUUGGCCUUGGAGCUGGCUAUGUUGGAAUGUAUCAUUCUAAUCUACCUAUUUUUAAAGGGGAAUUCAACACCAUGCUAUGGACUAGCCCAGUAUUGUUCUUCAUACUUUUUCUAUUUGUAGCUUGGCAUUUUUUUGCCAAGAAGAAGGAAGCACUUACAUCUUGGGGACCAGAUGAUCCUUUUAGCUCUACAUCAGCUACAGCUGGUGCUCCAUUGGCAUCUGGCUCUGGAGACAGAUCUUUCGUGGACUCUUCUUCAAGAAAUGCUGAAGUUAUGGAUCUUAGAAGUGGAGCUCUCAGAGGUCCACCAAGAAGGUAUGGCUCUCCUUCAAGGUAUCCUGCUGGGGCAACAAGUUCUUAUAGACUUGGUUCUGGAGAUCACAAUCCUAGGCCAACUUCAGUUGAUCCAGAUUUUCGAGCAACUUCGGAGCUAAAAUUUAGAGCCUCCACCAUGGAACCUCCGGGUUUCCCAAAAAGAAGAGAUGGUCUAUUUGUAGGAAAUCAAGUUGUAAAUGAUCGCAGUUAAGUGGCAGAGUUAAUUGCAUGAGCUUUUCUCUAACUUGUUUGAGAUUUCCUUAGUUUUUAAUCUUAUGAUAUGAUCAUUUAGUAUCACUUUUCUAUUUGGUCUCGCAGUCUUCUAGCUUUCAAGUUGUUGCAUACAAGAGGGAAAUAAAUUAUA